GUUUGUUAAAUUUUUGAAAAUUUAUCUGUUUAUUACUGUGUUAAUUUAAGACCUUAAAAUGUUGGUGCUCGUUAGAGAAAAUAUUGUAUAUAUACUGUGUAUGCUUUGAUAGAGGUUAUAGAUAGUUGUCAUGGCUUUUCUGAUGAGCAGAUGGUUUUCUUGUUUAUUAAUAAUUUUUCAUGAAUGCUCUGCUUCAACACAUUGGAUCGUGACGGAAGAUGGAAGAAUACAGGCUCAAAUGGAUUCAGUAUUUUCGCUGAAGCGUCCUUACGAUUUGGUUGCUUUGAUGCAGCAAGAAAAGCGUGCUGUUCUUAUUGAGGAAUUGAAGCAGCAGCUGAUGUUGCAGAAAGAAGAAAUUGAUCGCCGUGAAGACAAAGAGACCAAUUUAGAAGGGAAAAUCUACUCGAUGGAUGAAGAUUGCAUUGCGGCAGAGAAACCCAUCACAGAUUUUGAUCUUUACAUCAGUACUGUUAUUCCGUAUGAAGUAAAAAUUUAUGAUGAAGAGUUUGUGGAAAGAGCUAAGAAAAUUGCACCUGAUGCUGAAAUGAAGGAACCAAAUUGUAGUGAAAUUGUAAAUUUGGAUUUCAGCAUGCAUGCUUUCGAACAUCUUGUUGGUGUUCGGAAUAGAAAAAAUUUAACUAUAUCUGCAGAAGAAGGUCUUCACCAGGCUGUCACAACUAUCAGCAAUAUUGGUGUGUAUGGUCACUUAGUUUAUGAAGAUCUGCAGAAGAAUAAAACUUCCUGGUCAUUAUUUAAUAUGGCUGCAUACUAUUGGCGUAUAAAAGGUAAUGCAAGUAGUGCUAUUGAAUGUGUUAGAAGAGCUCUUCAUUAUUCUCCAAGGGAACAUAAAGAUAUAGCUCUUAUAAGCUUAGGAAAUAUUUUGCAUCAUUCUCAAAUGUCAGAGGAAGCUGCCAUUGUUGUGCAUGCAGCAGUAGAUAUAGCUCCUGAAAAUUCCAUUUGCCAUUUCACUUUGGGGAAUAUUUAUGCAGUUUUGGGUGAUUAUAAUAAAUCAGCUAUUUGCUUUGAAAACUCGUUGAAAGUGCAACCAGAUUUCAAAAAUGCUGAACAAAGAUAUCAUGCUGUAAUGUGCCACAGCAAGUUAGAAAAAGCAUUAGAAGCGCAACACAUAUCACUACAGAGGACGCUUACGGAACUUCGCGAGUACCAAAAGCAGCAUGAAUAUUGGUUACGUCAGCAUGAAAAGCUUUUGAACGAGCAAGCACCCCCCGAAGUGAAACUAGAGCAGAGGCUGGAGUACGAAGAGCAGAAGAUUCGUGAGAGUUUGGAUGGCAGAGGUAUGGGGUCUUGUUGGCAUUCCCAAAAGUGCUGUGAUGUGCCUAUUUUGUUUACAGUAGUUCCUCCUUCUUGAUGGUUAUUAACUAUGAGCUGCUAAUUUAAACAUGCAAAUUUCUUUAUUAAAGAUAGUUUGGAAUAUAUAAGCUUG